AUGGCGGCCGUACCGCUUGUGGAAGAGAAAUAUGUAAGAAUAUUUGAUAAAGUGUUAGAGGAAUUCAUGAAGGUUCUAGAUAUGCUGAAGCAAGACAGAUUUAUGUGCGAGGGGACUGGCUUGCAGACUUUUACAAAGUCAUUUUUGAUGCAAGUGUUCGAAGAAGAGAAAGGAAAACUCGAAAAGGACAUUGCAGAGGAUAUAUGCCUCAAGGCAGCACACAUGAUAGUGUAUGGUACAGAUCGAGAGCCAUUUAUGAUGGAUGCAUAUGACCCUCGCCAGGUACAGAUCAAAGCAGUGAUUUUCCUCAAAAGUAUAAAGAAGAGAUUCAAAGAAGAACUCAAAAAAAAUCCCGACAUAAAAUUGAACAUCUUUAAUGAAAUGAUGGCAGAAGAAAAGACUGACAAGAAAAACGAAGAAGCAGCAAUAACUGUUCAGUCCUUUAUGCGACAAUGUACAGAACAAAGGAAGUAUGGUAAAUUGAAGAAGUCAGCACGGAUAAUACAGAGUCAAUAUAGAGCAUGUCAUGCCAUGAAAGAGACCCAAAAGAAAUACUAUACUCUGAAAGCGUCAGCUGUGACCAUGCAGGCCUGUUACAGAGGCAAGCGGGCCAGAGACCUCUACCAAAGAAUGAGAAAGUCUGCAGUACUGAUUCAGGCUGCAAUCAAAGGGUUUCUAGACAGAAAGCACUUAAAGGAACGCCGUGCCCUCAUAAAACAGGAAGCAGCAAUUACCCUUCAAUCUUUUUUGCGUCAAUGUAUACAGCACAAGAGGUACGUGAAAAUGAAGAAGUCAGCACGGAUAAUACAGGGUCGAUAUAGAGCAUGUCAUGCCAGGAAAGAGACCCAAAACAAAUACCUUGCAUUGAAAGCAGCAGCUGUGACCAUGCAGGCCUGUUAUAAAGGAAAGCGGGCCAGAGACCUCUACCAAAGAAUCAGAAAGGCUACUAUACUGCUUCAAGCUGAAUCCAAAGGGUUUCUAGCCCGAAAGCACUUAAAAGAACGCCGUGCCCUCAUUAAAGAGGAAGCAGCAAUUACCAUUCAAUCUUUCAUGCGUCAAUGUAUCGACCAAAAGAGGUACGUGAAAUUGAAGAAGUCAGCACGGAUAAUACAGAGCCGAUAUAGAGCAUAUCAAGCCAGGAAAGAGACCCGAAAGAAAUACCUUGAUCUGAAAACAGCAGCUGUGACCACCCCAAUGGUAGCUACAACUUUAGCAUGA